CAAAUACCUAAAGUCACCUCAUGUACACUUUUCGACGUGCAGGUGAUGGGCGACUCUGCGUGGCGGAACGUGUGGCAUGGCAUCGCGGUCGCGCCUGCAUCCCGCGCCAUCUUCCCUGGCUCGUCUUCCCAGACGUCGUCGGCCCAGCAGCCCUUCUUCAACAUGCGCAGCGGCGUCCGGCCCCGCGCGCUGUACAAGGAUCUCGCGUACUUCCUCAUCAACCUGUCGUGGCCGCGGCUCGCCCUCGCGCUGGCGAUCUCGUACUUUGGCGUGAUCUUCCUCUUCGCGCUCGCGUUCUACUUCGUGUGCCAGGAAUGCAACGACCUCUUUGAUGGGUACAACCUCAGCUACCAGGCGUUCUCGACCAUCGGGUUUGGCAUCGUGUACUCGCGCGACCGCUGCGGCAACUACGUGACCAUCCUCGAGUCGUACAUGUCCAUGGUGCUGCUCCCGACCUUUGCCGGCAUCAUCUUCUCCAAGUUCUCUCUCCCCAAAGUCCAGGUCGCGUUCAGCAACGUGUGCUGUAUCCAGCCCAACUACAGCGGCAACCACGCCGCGCUCGUCGUGCGCGUCGCCAACGCCAGUUCAUCCUCCCAUCUCAACCUCGACGUGAUCAUGGACGCAUCCUUCUCCAUGGAACUCUUCUCCGUACACGGGACCUUGCUUCGCCGCCACAAACUUCCAUUGAAGCAAGCCGACUUUAUCUUUUUCCGCCUCGCCCUCGAACUCGUGCAUGUAAUCGACGCGGCCAGUCCGCUAUAUGCGACACCGUUCUCGCCCGACUGCAUGCUGCUCGUGACCUUUACAGGUGUCGACUCGAAUCGACACGCGACCAUCGUUAACCAAGUGAGCUACACCCACGACUGUAUCGCACACGGCGCCAAGUUUGUGGCCAUGCUCUCGCAUGAAGUGAACCACGUUGAAAUGGACUUUGACCGACUCAGUGACGUGGCACUCUCUGAGACGUCUGUGCUGUGGAAUGCCAUGGGCCACCGCCGACUGCUUAGCCCAGACCAAGGCAUCCAUCACGAAGGAAUGACUUGGGAAUAUGCUGCUUCUACCUCCACGGAAUCGCCUUCCCAGCCGUUCGUAGAACCCACCAUGGCCGGCUUGCUACUUAAACACUCGUCGGCACGGCAAUCGAACGUCCUGAGCGACGAUGACGGCAGCAGCUACGUCCACAUGACCGACGCCGCCGCCGCCUUUGCCAGUUUGCAUCUCGUCCAUCCUCUCAACGUACCCUUCCGGUUUCAAUACCUGUACUACCACAUCCUCCACGCCACAUGGAAAUCGAUUUUCGCGGGUAUUUUCGUGCUCACGGGCGCCGUAACCAUAACGUUCGCGUGUCUCCAUUGGCUGCACUUUCCUCGGGGUCUGUUUAUCACGGAUGAUAUGCUUCCGCCACGGAAUUCCGCGUUUGAGCUGUGCUUUUACCUGAGUGUGCACACGUUUUCGACCAUCGGGUACGGGACCAUCGCCCCAGCCCCAGGGGAUAACUACCACAACGCCCUUGUGGCUGUGGAAGCCAUGCUUGGGCUCACCGUUGCCACGAUUCUUACGGGUAUCUUCUGGUCCAAAUUUGCGCUUCCGCAGGCGCAUGUUCGAUUCUCUCCAAAGAUGGCCGUAUCCACGUACCACGCCCAUCGAUGCCUAGUAUUCCGUGCAGUGAACACCCGCAAUGUGGGCGACAUCCAGCUGUGCCAAUUCAAAUUGGGCGCGUUUUUCACCGACCGCCGCGGCGCGAGGCGGAUGCACGACCUGCCGCUGGUCCAGCCCACAUGGCCCAGUAUCAACAUGCCCGUGACCUUGAUCCAUGUGCUGGAUGCAUCGUCUCCGCUAUAUAAACACGACGACGACGCUCUGAGUGCCACGUCAUUGCUGGGUCUGUUCUCAGGCUUCGACUCGACAUUUUGCGAAACCGUCUACUCGAGGCAUAUUUACACCACGUACGAGUUUGGCAAACCGAUGGUGGACGACGCGGUGAUGUUGACCCCCGACGGCGUCAGUUGGGGCGAUCGCGAUAUGAUGUAACCAAACAAACACACAUUCCGAGAACGUAGUGAAUGACCCCCGACGGCGUCAGUUGGGGCGAUCGCGAUAUGAUGUAACCAAACAAACACACAUUCCGAGAACGUAGUGAAUGA